AUUUCAGGCACUCAUAUACAGGCCUAUGAAGAGCUCUACAAACAGGUGGACCCAACGGCCAGUAAUUAUAUCAAUGCCAUCGAUGCCGCAAAUUUUCUCAAGAAGUCGGGACUAAGUCAGGCAACGCUCGGAAAGAUUUGGGACUUAAGUGACCCGAACUGCAAAGGAUUUCUGGACAAGAGGUCACUGUUUGUGGCGUUAAAACUGAUAGCUUUAGUACAAAACGGAAGGCAACCAUCGAUUGCCGAUUUGGCUCUCAAUAUACCGGCGCCUAAAAUGGGAGACCCAAUUGAUUGGUCUAUUAGUCAAAGCGAUCGCCAAAAAUAUAGCGAUUUAUUUCUAACGUUGAAUCCAUUGGACGGAAGGAUCCCAUAA